GCACUUCCGGGUCGCGCCGCCGCGACUUCCGGUGCGGCGUGGAAAGAUGGCUGAACCGCCGCGCGGGCGAGAAGAAGGAGACGGAGAAGAAGGCGAGGCGGGAUCGUCUCUGCUUUCCCCCGAGCUGGAGCGUUUCCUGCAGCGGCACCCGAGCUUGCGAGUCCUCCCUCCGGGGAAAAAGGUGCGCUUCAUGCUGACUGGCCAUGAGCUCCCUUGUAGGUUACCUGAACUCCAAGCUUUCACAGCUGGGAAGAAAUACCUGCGCAUGAGCAAGACCUCCGAGGUCUUGGACUACAGCGAGUACGAACCGCACAUCGUGCCAAGCACCAAAAAUCUGUAUGAAUCACUAUUCUGCAAACUCACCCUGCGUCAUCUCAAUAAGAUCCCAGAGCAUGUUCUCCGUCACGUCCAAGGCCGGCGUUAUCAGAAGGCGCUCCGACGUGUGAGUUGGCACCGAUUGUCAAAAGAAGGGCUGGAAUAUUUCCCAGCUUGUCUCUUGCAUAAACGUCGACGGCCCCGGCAAGAAACAGACAACUCUUUGCGAAAGGAGGGGAAGCCAAGGGGGCAUUCCUGGGAACCUCCCGCCAGUGAUGAAGGGGCUGAAACCGACGACAGCCUGAGUGAUUUGUACCCAGUAGUGAGGAUUGUGAGCCAGGUAUGCUACCUCUGCCACUCCGCAAAUGCAAAGACGCUCUUUGUAGGGUACAGAACGGAAUCUGCCAUAUCUGACUAUGUGUCAAGCUGUUCGAAUCUCACUCGCAUAAACAUCUCCCUAAGAUAUUUUGGCAGUUGCAACUUCAAAUAG